AUGCGUUUCUCUACCGUCUUCUUCGCCGUCUCGACCUUCAUCGGUAGUGUUCUUGCCGUCGAACCUGGAAACGAUGCCCUCCAUGCUGGCUUAUCCCAGGAGCUCGAGGUCGCCAUUAGGAAUGAAUAUGGGCCCGUCGCAUUCGAUGCAUUGGCAUCCAGCGGAUGCAGCUUCUUCUCCUGCGGCUUAGCCGUCGCCGCCGCUCUCCCUUGCCUCGCUGGCUGUGUCGCUGCAAAGAACCCUCUCUGCAUCCCGACCUGCAUGGACAUGGGCAAGCUCUGCUCGUGUGUCAACUGCCUUCCCAACCCCAUCACCGGAUUCCUCCACAAGAAUGGGAUUUGCGUCGACAAGUUCAAGGCCGACACUUUCGGCAAGGUGUACUUGGGGAUCGCCAACGACACCGAAACCCAGUUGGUCAACGAGUGGGGAUUCGACUUGGCCGAAUUCGAUGAGGCUAGCCUGGCUAACAACUACGCUUAA